CUCUCUCUCUCUGUGUGUGUGUCUGGAGCCGCCGUCUCCUGUCGUGGCUUUCGGGGGAGCACAGCAGCUCCGCGCAGCGCCGGGCGAUCAUCAUCAUCGGCAGGCCGAGCGGAGGGAAUCGCCCCGUUCGUUUCCGCGGUAACAGGUCGACCCCCAGCAGCGGCAGCCGCGCGAUGCGGGACGCGGGACCGGCGGCGGGGCAGUUCUUUUCCUUUCUGAUAAUUAUUGACUUUGAAUCCACUUGCUGGAAAGAGAGGAGAAGUUAUGACCAAGAAAUCAUUGAGUUUCCUGCAGUUCUUCUGAACACCUCCACUGGGAAGAUUGAAUCUGAGUUUCAUACUUAUGUGCAACCACAAGAACAUCCCAUAUUGUCUGAUUUUUGCACAGAAUUGACAGGAAUCAAGCAGGUGCAGGUUGAAGCUGGAGUACCUCUCCAGAUAUGUUUGUCUUGGUUUUCGCGUUGGCUUGAGUCACUGUGCAAGGAGAAAAACAUAGUAUUUGUCAAGGACAAUGUCUGUCCUCCCACUGCUUGUCUCUGUGCCUUCGUCACCUGGUCAGAUUGGGACUUGGGGAUUUGUCUUCAAUAUGAAUGCAAGAGAAAACAAAUCUGUAAACCCCAAGAACUUAAUAGAUGGAUUGACCUUAGAGCAACAUACAAGCUGUUUUAUAAUCGAAAACCAAAAGGACUUAAUGGAGCGUUACAAGAUCUAGGAAUUGAAUUUUCUGGACGGGAACAUUCAGGACUGGAUGAUGCCCGUAAUACUGCACAUUUGGCUUGGAGAAUGAUAACUGAUGGAUGUCUAAUGAAAGUGACAAAGAGUCUUGACUUGGUGAGUGGAUUUUUCUUGGAUUCAGGUUCUACAGUGCUCCAUCCAAGUCCAUACAGGCUCCGCUGAAGACAAGACACCAGG